AUGAAAGUUUUGGUGGCUGUCAAAAGAGUCGUAGAUUCAGGAAUAAAAGUUAGAGUCAAACCAGAAGGCAUAGAUCUUCAAGGAGUUAAGAUGACAAUCAAUCCCUUCUGUGAAAUAGCAGUAGAGGAGGCUGUCAGAUUGAAAGAAAAAAAGUUGAUAGCUGAAAUUGUUGCAGUCACCAUUGGACCAAAAUAGGGAGCAGAAAGUUUAAGACAUGCUCUUGCUUUGGGGGCUGAUAAAGCAAUUCAUGUCACAACUGAAGCUAGAAUUGAUUAAGCUGUGUAGCCAUUAGAUGUUGCCAAUAUCUUAGCCAAAUUGGUUGAGAGAGAUAAUUAUAAUCUCGUCUUAAUGGGUAAGUAAUCAAUUGAUGAUGAUUUCAAUUAAACAGGAUAAAUGUUGGCUGGAUUAUUGGAUUGGCCCUAAGCAACAUUUGCUUCCAAUAUAUAAAUUACAGAUGGAGUAGCAUAGGUUAUCAGAGAAAUCGAUGGAGGACUCUAGACUGUCAAAUUCAAAUUGCCAGGAGUAAUCACUUGCGAUUUAAGACUUAAUCAACCAAGAUUCGCUAGUGUUCCUAAUAUUAUGAAAGCAAAAUCUAAACCAUUAGAAACUAUUCCACUUGAUAAAUUAGGCAAAUUACACAAUUCCAUUUAAAUCACUAAAACUGAGGCUCCUGCAGUUAGAAAAGGAGGAGCUAUUGUAGAAAAUGUGGAUGUGCUUUUGCAGAAAUUAAGAACUGAAGCCAAAUUAUUUUGAUAUUGUAUAAAUAGAAAUAUUACAUAACA